AAAGGGUUUUGUAGCUUCAUCUCUCUCUCACUCUUUAAACCCCUGUGUGAAUCUGAGGGAGCUAAAAGGAGAGCGAUGUGGUUAGCUAGUCGCGCAUUUAGGGUUUCUUCCGGUGCUAAUUGUACUGGGAAUGGUUUGAUUGGAGCUGCAACGGCGUCGUUUUCGAGGUACUUCUCUCGGGAGCGCGCCGAGAAUCUGAGGAAAAUCAACCCUAAGGUCAGCUUCCCGGAGGCGAAUUCAAUUGCGACGGAGCUAUACGACGUCGUCAAGCAACAUGGACCUAUCACCAUCCCCAAUACUUGGGCUCAGGCCAAGGAGUCUGGUGUUAGUGGAUUGAACAGCAAAACACACAUGAAGAUAAUGCUCAAGUGGAUGAGAGGAAGGAAGAUGCUGAAGCUGUUCCCCAACCAAGUUGGUUCAAACAAAAAAUUCUUGUUAUGUACACUGCCUGAAGACCCUCAUGUUACUGAGUUUAUAAAUUCAACCGCAGUAAAAGUGCAAUCUAAGAAGCCUUCCUCCAAGAAGAAAAAGCAAAAGCAGAGGAGGUAGCUCUUUGUGUUAGUUUGCUUCAGGCUGGGGAUUUGUCCUCAUGCCUCAUAUGAUCCAUUGCGUUUUCAGUGCUUCUUUUGGUUGGACGAGAGACUGAUCACUUAGUUUCACCCUCUUUUUCCAAUGCAUUUUUUGUUGUAGUUUGUUUGUAUUAUUUAGGAUGACAAAUUGGAAUAUCUGGAAUAAUGUUGGUGGCAGAUGUUGUUUUGAAUUAGCACGACUGAGUUCAAGUUUGUCCUACCAUC